CGGUGUUCCGGUGUCGUUUUGUGUAACAAUUUGAUAGUUCCCCAGUGUGUUCUUUUAGCCAAACAGCGAUAUUUACAAAAUGAACUUAAUUUGUAUUCUCCUGAACGUUUGUUGAAUAAGUGUUACUGUCUUAUGUGAUGUAAAUGUGAAAAUAAAGUGUGUUUUUUGGACAAAGAAGCAAUUUGUUAAUCAGAAUUUACGUUAAACAUAUUUAAGCCAGUGUAAUGUUUUGCUUGUUGUAAUCACGAUUGCAAAUUUGCUAUUUAAUAUCGCGGCCGCGGUGUAUGUUUACGGCUGUCGAAGAAUAUGCUGGGUUUUCUAUUUGCAAGACAAGCAGGAUUAGACGACCCUCUUCGUCUGAAACGCGCUGAGUCUACGCGAAGAUCUGUCCACAAGGCGGCGCUGUCAUCCACGAUAUGGUUUUUGAAAACUAAUGGUCUACAGCAGUGUUUCCCAAACCAGUCCCUUGGGAUCCUCAGACCGGCCACAUUUUAACUCCAUCCUAGCUCCCAGGCAAUCAAAAACACCGAAUACCUGGUCCAGGCUUGUUGGGAGCUGGGAAGGAGCAAAGGGUUCUGUGCAUGGAAUUGAAUCAAGAUCGAGAUGUUGAAAGAAUCCAUGGGAAUGGCAUUAACACAAUUGAUAUCGAGGUCAUUGAAGGCAGAUACAUGUUGUCGGGUGGGGCUGAUGGAGUGAUUGUGAUCUAUGACCUGGAGAACCACAGCAGGAAGCCCCAGUACACAUGCAAAGCAGUCUGCACCGUGGGCAGGUCAAGCCGACAUGUACACAAGUUCAGUGUGGAGACUGUGCAGUGGUAUCCGCACGACACUGGCAUGUUUGUCUCCAGCUCAUUUGACAAGACCAUGAAGGUUUGGGACACCGAGACAUUGAAGCCAGCAGAAAUCUUCCGGUUUGAGGGUAAUAUCUACUGUCAUCAAAUGUCUCCCAUUGCCAAGAAGCACAGUCUGAUUGCUGUUGGUACCAAGGACCCAAAAGUACAGCUGUGUGAUUUAAAGUCUGGUUCAUGCAUUCAGGUCCUGCAGGGUCACCGAGGAGAAGUCCUCUCUGUGAGAUGGUCUCCACGUCAUGAAUACAUUUUGGCUACGGCCAGCGCAGACAGCAGCGUGAGGUUAUGGGAUGUCCGGAGGGCUACUGGAAGCCUCUUUGCUCUGGACCAGCACAAUGGGGACCGGUCUAAAGCCUCAUUUGCAAACAUGGCCCACAAUGGGCGGGUCAAUGGGCUCUGCUUUACUGCCGAUGGGCUCUUCCUGCUGACCGUUGGGACAGAUGACCGCAUGAGGUUGUGGAAAGCAGCCUCGGGGGAGAACACCCUGGUGAACUAUGGGAAGGUGGCGAAUGAGACUCGGAAGGGCCUGAAAUUCGCCGUGUCGCGGGGCUGCAGCCCCGAGUUUGCAUUCGUGCCCUGCGGCAGCUCGGUGGCCGUCUACGCCUUGCACACGGGGGAGCUGGUCACCACGCUGAGGGGCCAUUACAAUAACGUGGACUGCUGCGACUUCCAUCCCGACUACCAGGAGCUGUACAGUGGAGGCAAAGACUGCAACAUCUUGGCCUGGGUACCUACACCACGAAAGCCCGACGUGGAGGACGAAGGGCAGCGUUCCAAAACGGCUGGGAGUCAGUCCACCCUGAACCCUGCCUUCGAGGAUGCAUGGAGCAGCAGCGAUGAAGACGGAUGACACGUGUCUGUGACCACUGCAGGGGAAGCGGAGAGCUACGCGCCCUGGCACAGCCCUAGAAGGCCAUCCUGAUGUGCCAUUUGUGUAGCUGCUGUUCACAAAGACAUUUUGGUCAUUUCUUUUUUCUUUAGUAUUACCUAUGGUAAAAUACUACAGAUUUCAGAGUAUAGAGACGUAUCCCUUUCACAUUAAAUUUCAGACUUUUGUUAA